UCCUCCUGGAAACUUUGACAUAUUCUAGGAAUUUGUAGUGAAAAAUCGCUGCAAAGCCUGUGUUCUUGCCGACAUUUAUUCUAUUUGUGUACAUCUGUUGAUAGCUAAGAUGUCAUUAAAGACAUUGCCACUGUUGUUCAUCAACCUGGGAGGAGAGAUGAUGUACAUUUUGGACCAAAGAUUGCGUGCUCAAAACAUUCCUCAAGAAAAAGCUAAGAAAGUUGUCCAUGACAUAGUCGGCACAAUGUUCAACAAGCGGUUUAUGGAAGAGCUGUUCAAACCGCAGGAGCUCUAUUCCAAAAAGGCGAUGAGGACUGUGUUUGACAGGCUAGCACAUGCAUCCAUCAUGAGGCUAAAUGCAGCCAGCAUGGAUAAGUUAUAUGACCUCAUGACCAUGGCUUUCAAGUACCAAGUAUCCCUCAGUCUUCAACCCAAAGACAUCCUCCUAGUUACUCUCAAUCACAUGGAUGCCAUACAUAGCUUUGUAGAGGACAACCCUCCUACCAAACAACUAGUGGAUAAUGUGUACAGACUUGUGCUCCAAAAUUAUGGUGCCUUAUCCCAUGGCGAAUUCCUGCUGGUACGACAGACACUUCUAAACUUUUUCCAAGACAUGCAUAUACGAGUGUCAAUAUUUUUAAAGGACAAAGUUCAGAAUUCAAACGGUAGAUUUGCUAUUCCCACAUUUGGUCCAGUGCCGUGGAGCUCAGAGGUCCCUGGGACCAUUAGGAUAUUUAACAAUGGUGAACAAGUGAAGACAACCAACUUCAGAUGCAACACAAAAUAUAUCAAUGUUCCAAAGGAGCCAUCAUUUGACAUGAGGGGAGAUCGCGUCUCGAAACUUGGAACAAAUAUGUAUUCCGUAGCAAGACCCCUUGAGGCCACAGUAAUAAGUGCAUAUAAAGGAAGCACAUCGACCAUAGGAUCAGAUCUGGAUUCUCAUAAUCCAAAUCCAAACAGUAAAGCACAGCUAGAUCUCCUGUCUCAUCUGAUUGGUGGUGGAGGCGGGAAAGGACAAAAGAAGGGUGGCAAGGCCGAGUUCCGAGUAAAUCUCUUCAACACAGACGCGGAAGAAGAGGAAGCAGCAGCAACCCGUCCAACUUUAGUGGAAGAUCCUGGAUCAAAAGUGAUAAAGAUAGAUGCAUCAAAGAAAAAGCGAAGUGAUGAACUUAAUCGAAUAAUGGGAGAAUUAACUGUAGAUGAUAAUGGACAAGACGAGGAUGAUCUACUAGACCUAAUGGACAAAGCUUGAGAAAGAGAAACAUUAGGCAUAAAAUAUUUCAAAUAAUUCAGAUACCCACACACUGGCACAAUGUCAAAACAGGACAGUGUGUUCCAUACACAAAGAAGCAAGGAAGUUUAAAGUGUGAAAAGAGACCUUCUCUGCAACAAUCGUUGAAUAUGACUGCAAAAAUCCCCAGUGUGGAAGUAAAAAGACAUAUAUGUAUAUACACUAGAAGCCCUAGAAGUAGACUUUAAGGACAUUGCUUAGCUUCAUAAAGUUGCUUCAUUGACAUUUUUUGAUGGCCUGGUUCCUGAUAGGCUAGAAUAAUUCCUUCCAUAUAAAGUCAGUUGACUUACACUUAGCUGCAACAGCUAUUUCACUUUGUUGUCAGUAUUAGAAAGUAUUGUUAGUUGUGGAGAAUGAUGAGUUGGAAAAGUUGGGACAAUUUUCGUCACUGAUGUUAUUGGCACUGUGAUUCAGGUGCCAGAAUGAAGGUCAUAAACACUGAAGCAUUCCAAAAAUUGCGUAACGCUACCAAAUACAGUAAAAUCUUUUGCCUCCUGCUUGAACGCCUAUAAUUGUGGAAAUUACAUUGUAGAUUUUCUCCUCAUUUUGUAGAGUAGAAAAAAUUUAAUUACCUUGUGCAAUAGGAUUAUGUUUCUCUUAGAUUUCUGUUGCAGACAGAGUGUUUUAUUGUGCUUUUUGGUUGUACUAAAAUCUGUUGUGUUUGUUGGCUAAUAUCCCAGAAAACAAUCAGGGGUGACAGUCGGUAAAAACUUUUAAGUGACUGGAUGUGAGUAUUUUGUCAUUGCUGUCGAAUCAAGCUCCAUUACCUUAGCUUAAAGGUUGACCAUGUUAACUGAUGCAUCCCUGAUGCAAACAGUUGUAUGGGUGUCAAUUGAAUAAUUGUUUAAGUCUAAGAAAUGAAAGAACAACAUUAUUGCACACCAAAUGGGGAAAGAAAUGAUAUUAUAACUGACACCCAGUGCUACCUUUGAGUAGGACUUCAUGUUUGUUUGUAGGUUUGUUUGUUAAAUUUUGUACCUGAUGUGAUAUUUAGCUUUCCACUCACCAUGCACUGAAAAAUGUCGCAAAUAGUUGAACUAGGCCUAACUACACACUUCUGGAUUCAUCUGGAUGACAUUGCAAAUUUGGUAGGUUUAAUCUUAAUCAACAAUGAUUUUAAUUGAAUUUUGUUUUGGUUGUGGAGAAACCUGUAAUUGAAACAUGUACUACCUUCCCGGCUUUCAACAAUUUUGACAUUUUUCAGGUUGCUCAUGGUGAAAUAAAACUGUGAUCUCACCUACCUAUGCUGUUGAUUAAGUGUAUAUAGUAUUAGAAGAGAAAUAAAUGUUUAUAGAUAAUUGGUAAAUCAGGAAAUAGCA